UAUUGGGCCCUUUUUCGCGCUGUUGGCGCACUGUCCCCAUCGUCUCGGAUUCGUCUUGGACGCGCGGCGAGCAGGUGACGUCAGCGGCGAGCGGAGGAGCCGAGGAGGAGCGGCCAUGGCUCACCUGCUGCUGCACGGCACCCUCGAGGCCACCAUCCUCGAGGCCGACAAUCUCUCCGACCCCACCCGCGCCACCGGCGGCGCGCCCGGGAUCUUCCGCAAGUUCGUGGAGGGGUUUGAGGAUUCGCUGGGGCUCGGGAAAGGGGCGACGCGGCUGUACGCGACGAUCGACCUCGGCCGGGCGCGGGUGGGGCGGACGCGGGUCGUCGACGGCGAGUCGGUGAACCCGCGGUGGUACGAGGUGUUCCACAUCUACUGCGCCCACUUCGCCGCCGACGUCGUGUUCUCCGUCAAAGCCGCGCAGCCCAUCGGCGCCACGCUCAUCGGCCGCGCCUACCUCCCCGUCCGGGAUCUGCUGUCCGGCCAGGCCAUCGAGCGCCGGCUCGACGUCCUCGACGCCAGCAGGAAGAGGAUCUCGCACGGGCCGACGAUACAUGUUCGGCUGCAGUUCCGCGACGUCGCCGGCGACCGCCAUGGGUGGGGCAGGGGCGUGUGCGGCGCGCGGUACCCCGGUGUGCCGUACACCUUCUUCUCGCAGCGCCCCGGGUGCAAGGUCACCCUGUACCAGGACGCGCACGUGCCGGACGCGUUCGCGCCCAGGAUCCCGCUCGCCGGCGGCGGGCUCUACCAGCAGGGGCGGUGCUGGGAGGACGUGUUCGACGCCAUCAGCAACGCCAAGCACCUCAUAUACAUCACCGGAUGGUCGGUGUACACCGAGAUCACGCUCAUCCGUGACGGCACCCGGCAGCGCCCCGGCGGCGACGCCACCCUCGGCGACCUGCUCAAGCGCAAGGCCAGCGAGGGCGUCCGCGUGCUGCUGCUGGUCUGGGACGACCGCACCUCCGUCGAGUCGCUCGGGAUGAAGUGGGGGUUCAUGUCGACGCACGACGCCGAGACCGCGGAGUACUUCCGCGGCACCGACGUGCGCUGCGUCCUCUGCCCGCGGAACCCCGACGCCGGCCGCAGCGCCAUCAUGGGCGCGCAGAUCGCCUACAUGAUCACCCACCACCAGAAGACCGUCAUCGCCGACCACGACAUGCCGGUGCCGCGUGGCGACGCCGGCUCCGGCCGCCGCCGCAUCGUCAGCUUCGUCGGUGGUCUCGACCUCUGUGACGGCCGGUACGACACGCAGUUCCACUCCCUCUUCCGGACGCUCGACACGACGCACCACAACGACUUCCACCAGCCCAACCUCGACGGCGCGUCCAUCACCAAGGGCGGGCCGAGGGAGCCAUGGCACGACAUCCACUCCAAGAUCGAAGGCCCCGCCGCGUGGGACGUGCUCUACAACUUCGAACAGAGGUGGAGGAAGCAAGGGGGUGACAGGGACCUCCUCGUCGACCUCAAAGCCAUGGCCGAUCUCAUCAUACCGCCGUCUCCGGUGAUGUUUCCCGACGACCGUGAGGCAUGGAAUGUUCAGUUGUUCAGGUCCAUCGACGGCGGCGCCUGCUUCGGCUUUCCCACCACUCCAGAGGCUGCUGCAAGAUCAGGCCUCAUCAGUGGCAAGAACAACAUCAUCGACAGGAGCAUCCAAGAUGCAUACAUCCACGCGAUACGCCGUGCCAAGAACUUCAUCUACAUUGAGAAUCAGUACUUUCUUGGCAGCUCAUUCGCGUGGAAAGCCGAUGGCAUCAGGCCAGAGGACAUCGAGGCGUUGCACCUGAUUCCUAGAGAGAUUUCUCUGAAGAUUGUGAGCAAGAUUGAAGCCGGUGAGCGUUUUGCGGUCUAUGUCGUGCUGCCAAUGUGGCCAGAAGGACCUCCUGCUAGUGGAUCAGUGCAGGCAAUACUGGAUUGGCAGAGGAGGACGAUGGAGAUGAUGUACAAUGACAUCGCCGUUGCGCUUGAGGCAAAGAAGAUCGACGCAGAACCGAGGGAUUACCUCACCUUCUUCUGCUUAGGAAACAGGGAGGUGAACAUGAGUGGUGAGUAUGAACCUGCAGGUCGUCCAUUGGAUGGCACUGACUAUGCUAAGGCGCAGAAGGCACGGCGAUUCAUGAUCUAUGUUCAUUCCAAGAUGAUGAUAGUCGACGACGAGUACAUCAUCGUCGGAUCAGCCAACAUCAACCAGCGGUCGAUGGACGGCGGCAGGGACUCCGAGAUCGCCAUGGGCGCAUUCCAGCCAUGCCACCUGAACACCAGUGGCCAGGUUGCAAGGGGACAGGUCCACGGUUUCCGGAUGUCGCUGUGGUACGAGCACCUGGGCAUGCUGCACGACGAGUUCCUGAGCCCGGAGAGCCUGGAGUGUGUUCAGAGGGUGAACAGGAUGGCCGACAAGUACUGGGACCUCUACACCGGCGACGAGCUCGACGGCGACCUUCCCGGCCACCUGCUGGCCUACCCGGUGUGCGUGACGAGGGAAGGCACGGUGACAGAGCUCCCCGGAGCGAGGUUCUUCCCUGACACGCAGGCUCCAGCCAUCGGCACGAAGGGGAACCUGCCUCCGUUCCUCACCACAUAGACAGAGGUUGCAAGAUCCUGCUUGUGCUGCAUUAACUUGGGAAACCUUGCACCUAUUGGGUGGGUGCUGCUUCUAGUUCUAGAUUUGUGAUUUCGUUGCCCCUACGAGCUGUUCGAUUUUUCUUUGGUUGUCAUGCCUAUGUGUAAUCAAAGUUUGGUUGAUCAGCUGAUGCUGUUCUUUGGCACGGAUCAUGAUUUUUUUUUCUCAUUGGAGUAAUGAAAAUAGGGCGAAUAAUAAGCAUACUUUGUUGGAGAUUUUUGGCCUUCUCGCUAAUACGCACUGAAGUUCUUGGACAACAUGAUUAAUGAUGUUGUGGCACAUUGUGUCAAAAGUUUGGUAGGCUUCGCCUGUUGGAUUCCAGACAGCUUUGGAUGGUUGUCAGCUGCACAUGGUCAAUGCGGUGUCUGGAGAAAUUAUUUCUGUAUGAACUGCAUUAUGUGCAUCUCCUUUUGUAAUC